AUGCAUAUUAAAUCAGUUGUUUUGGAGGGAUUUAAGUCCUAUGCUCAGAGGACAGAAGUCAAUGAUUUUGACCCACUCUUCAAUGCCAUCACGGGUUUAAAUGGUAGUGGAAAAUCCAAUAUACUGGACUCCAUAUGUUUCUUGCUGGGCAUCUCCAACCUGUCUCAGGUUCGGGCUUCAAAUUUACAGGAUUUAGUUUACAAAAAUGGGCAAGCGGGCAUUACCAAAGCCUCAGUGUCAAUCACCUUUGAUAAUUCUGACAAAAAGCAAAGUCCUUUAGGAUUUGAAGUACUUGAUGAAAUUGUAGUAACAAGGCAGGUGGUUAUUGGUGGCAGAAAUAAAUACUUAAUCAAUGGAGUAAAUGCAAAUAAUACCAGAGUACAGGAUCUCUUUUGUUCUGUUGGUCUUAAUGUUAACAACCCUCACUUUCUCAUCAUGCAGGGUCGAAUUACAAAAGUAUUGAAUAUGAAACCUCCUGAGAUUUUGUCUAUGAUAGAAGAAGCAGCUGGAACCAGGAUGUAUGAAUACAAAAAAAUUGCUGCUCAGAAAACUAUAGAAAAAAAGGAGGCUAAACUUAAAGAAAUUAAGACGAUACUUGAAGAAGAGAUUACUCCUACUAUUCAAAAAUUAAAAGAGGAAAGAUCAUCUUACUUGGAAUACCAAAAAGUAAUGAGGGAGAUAGAACAUUUGAGUCGAUUAUAUAUUGCUUAUCAGUUUUUGCUGGCUGAAGAUACCAAAGACCGCUCAGCUGAGGACUUAAAAGAAAUGCAAGAUAAAGUUAUAAAACUUCAAGAAGAGUUAUCUGAGAAUGAUGAAAAAAUAAAAGCACUUAGUCAUGAAAUAGAAGAAUUGGAAAAACAGAAAGAUAAGGAAGUUGGAGGUAUACUUCGAUCUUUAGAAGAUGCUCUGACAGAAGCUCAGCGAGUUAAUACUAAAUCUCAAAGUGCCUUUGAUCUAAAGAAAAAAAAUCUCACCAGUGAAGAGAACAAACGUAAAGAACUGGAGAAAAAUAUAGUCGAGGAUUCUAAAACUUUAGCAGCAAAGGAAAAGGAAGUGAAAAAGAUCUCAGAUGGACUGAAUGCCUUUCAAGAAGCCAGCAAUAGAGAUGCUGAAGCUUUGGCUGCCGCACAGCAGCGCUUCAAUGCCGUUUCUGCUGGCCUUUCCAGUAAUGAAGACGGAGCAGAAGCAACUCUUGCUGGCCAGAUGAUGACUUGUAAAAAUGACAUGAGUAAAGCUCAGACAGAAGCCAAACAGGCCCAGAUGAAAUUGAAACAUGCCCAACAAGAAUUAAAGACCAAACAAGCUGAAGUAAAGAAAAUGGAUAGUGGUUACAGAAAGGACCAAGAUGCAUUAGAGGUUGUGAAGAAACUUAAAGAAAAACUUGAAGUUGAAAUGAAAAAACUAAAUUAUGAAGAAAAUAAGGAGGAAAUCCUUCUGGAAAAGCGCAGGCAGCUGUCUCGUGAUAUCAAUAGAUUGAAGGAAACAUAUGAUUCUCUCUUGGCCAGAUUUCCUAAUCUUCGAUUUACUUACAGAGAUCCAGAGAAGAACUGGAAUAGAAAUUGUGUGAAAGGACUUGUGGCUUCUCUGAUUAGUGUGAAAGACACUUCAGCAACCACAGCUUUAGAACUGGUAGCUGGGGAACGACUCUACAAUGUUGUAGUAGAUACAGAGAUUACUGGGAAAAAACUACUGGAGAAAGGGGAGCUGAAGCGUCGAUAUACAAUAAUUCCACUUAAUAAAAUUUCAGCUAGAUCUAUUGCUCCUGAAACUCUGAAGAUUGCUCAAAAUCUUGUAGGCCCCAACAGUGUUCACGUGGCUCUCUCACUUGUUGAAUAUAAACCAGAGCUGAAGAAAGCAAUGGAAUUUGUCUUUGGAACAACUUUUGUUUGUGAUAAUAUGGAUAAUGCAAAGAAAGUGGCCUUUGAUAAAAGAAUAAUGACCAGAACUGUAACUCUAGGAGGUGAAGUUUUUGAUCCUCAUGGGACAUUAAGUGGAGGUGCUCGGUCUCAGGCAGCUUCUAUUUUAACUAAAUUUCAAGAAUUCAAAGAUAUUCAAGAUAAGCUGAAAGUCAAGGAGAAUGAACUGCAGGCCCUAGAAGAAGAAUUAGCAGGUCUUAAAAACACUGCUGAACAAUAUCGCCAACUAAAGCAGCAAUGGGAAAUGAAAACUGAGGAAGCAGAUAUCUUACAAACCAAGCUCCAGCAAAGCUCAUACCAUAAGCAACAAGAAGAAUUAGAUGCUCUUCAGAAAAUCAUUGAGGAAAGUGAAAAGACCUUAAAAAACACCAACGAAAUUCAAAAAAAGGCAGAAGAAAAAUAUGCAAUACUAGAGAAUAAAAUGAAAAAUGCAGAAGCUGAAAGGGACAAAGAACUGAAGGAAGCUCAGAAAAAACUAGAUGAUGCCAAAAUGAAAGCAGAUGCCUCUAGCAAGAAAAUGAAAGAGAAACAGCAGGAAGUUGAAGCUAUCACUCUGGAAUUAGAAGAACUCAAAAGAGAACAUACAUCUUAUAAACAGCAGCUUGAAGCUGUAAUUGAAGCUAUUCAAUCCUAUGAAGGUCAGAUUGAAGUAAUGGCAGCUGAGGUAGCUAAAAAUAAGGAGGUAGUAAAUAAAGCUCAAGAUGAAUUAACCAAGCAAAAAGAAGUGAUAGCAGCCCAAGACAGUGUCAUUAAAACUAAAUGUACAGAAGUGGCAAACUAUAAAGAGCAAAACAAUGCUUCUCAACUAAAAAUUAAGGAACUAGGUCACAACAUCAAGAAACAUAAACAUGAAGCUGAGGACGCUGCUGCAAAGGUAUCCAAAAUGUUGAAAGAUUAUGAAUGGAUUAAUGGUGAAAAGCACCUCUUUGGCCAGCCGAAUAGUGCUUAUGAUUUCAAAACUAACGAUCCCCAAAAAGCUGGUCAGAGACUUCAAAAAUUGCAAGAAAUGAAGGAGAAACUAGGAAGAAAUGUCAAUAUGAGAGCUAUGAAUGUACUAACGGAAGCUGAAGAGCGGUAUAAUGACUUGAUGAAAAAGAAAAGAAUUGUAGAAAAUGACAAAUCGAAAAUUCUUGCAACUAUCGAAGAUCUUGACCAGAAGAAAAAUCAAGCCCUAAAUAUUGCCUGGCAAAAGGUGAACAAGGACUUUGGAUCUAUUUUUUCUACCCUUUUGCCCGGUGCUGAUGCUAAGCUGGCACCACCAGAGGGGCAAACUGUGUUGGAUGGUCUGGAGUUCAGAGUUGCCUUAGGAAAUAUUUGGAAAGAAAACCUGACUGAACUUAGUGGUGGGCAGAGGUCCUUAGUGGCUUUGUCACUGAUACUGUCCAUGCUCCUCUUCAAACCUGCUCCAAUUUAUAUCUUGGAUGAGGUGGAUGCAGCAUUGGAUCUGUCUCACACCCAGAAUAUUGGACAAAUGCUGCGUACUCAUUUCACACAUUCACAGUUCAUUGUGGUAUCCCUAAAAGAAGGAAUGUUCAACAAUGCAAAUGUUCUUUUCAAAACCAAGUUUGUGGAUGGUGUUUCUACAGUUGCCAGAUUUACUCAAUGUCAAAAUGGAAAGACAAAGGAGACAAAAUCCAAAGCCAAUAGACCCAAAUGAUCACCUCUGGAAGGUUUAAAUACAGAUUUACUCCUUCACCUUGGCCUAUAAACAAAUUUUUAAAUAAUUUGGAUCUAAUUUUUUUUAUUUAAAAUGGAAUGUCAUUUUGUUACUUAAUCUGUAUUUUCUCUUUCCUUUGUAUCAUUUAUAAAUGAGCAGAGAUUUCCUCUUAUCUUAUUAGUGUAACUAAUACUGCCGUCUAAUUACUGUGAUUGUGAUUUUAUAUAAAUAUAUCUAUUCAUAAAUGUCUUUUCUUACAUGAAUCUUUUAUAUACUAGAAUCCUGAGAUACCUACUUGGUGGUCAAUUCUGUUUCAAAAGUCAAAAACAAAAAGAAACAGAUUAAUAUUAUAAGAUUGAUGUAGCUGAUAGUCAGCUUUUUAAUUAGUUUGAAU